GAGGGGUAAAAGAGAAGUGUGACCGGCGUUGAACGCAUAUAGGUAGUCGUGAGAGGAGUCAGUCGGUGACGGGUUGUGUCUCUAGUGCUGUAGUGAACAGUUGAGUCGAAUCGCUUGUGUUCAAAAAUGAGCUGGCAGGAUUACGUUGACAAGCAGCUGCUCGCGUCUAGGUGUGUUACCCAAGCUGCGAUCGCGGGACACGAUGGCAAUCUUUGGGCGAAGUCCGAAGGUUUUGAAGUGAGUAAAGAGGAGCUGGCGAAAUUGGUCCAGGGAUUCGACGAGCAGGACAUUCUGACGUCGUCAGGCGUUACCUUGGCCGGCAACAGGUACAUUUAUCUGUCGGGCACGGAUCGGGUGAUAAGGGCAAAACUCGGCAAGGUCGGCGUCCACUGCAUGAAGACGUCGCAAGCCGUGGUCGUCUCCCUCUACGAAGACCCCAUACAGCCACAGCAAGCCGCGUCGGUCGUCGAAAAGCUCGGCGACUACCUCAUGGCCUGCGGCUAUUAGUAACCUCUGGGACCCAACACACAAAAUAUCUAAUAUUAAUAUUAAACGAUACGAUCGAUUAUUUUACUGAACAGCGAAUGGAAUGCGUCAUGCCGCACGAGUCGCGCCGGAACUGCCGCAAGCUUGCCGCGCAACACUCCGUGAGAAGCAACAACAGCAGCAACAACAACAGCAACAGCAAGAAACAAGCACCCUCGACAAACUGCAGAACAGCAAUAACCCGGUUAGACCAGCAGCUACGGUUUCGACGGAUGACACCUUGAGUCGUCGUUCUCUCCUUUCCGAUUCGACGCGAUUACUCAGGAAGAAAACGCGUGCAAGAUCCACGAGCGAUUCGGAUCGGUGUGUCCGACACUUCGCCGCGACCCUGCGACCAUGAUCGUCGCGAUCCCGCGACCACGAUCGUCGCGCCCCGUUCUCUUUCCUACGUUUCCCGUUCCGCCUGGCGACGACGGGAGGAUCGGCGAGCCGCUUUCUCCGGCCAAUAGUCGGCGAUGGAAAGCGAAAGCGGGACGAGGAGGACGAGGAGAACCGAGGGAGGAGGGCCGGGGGAAAAGAGGAGGCCGAAAGGAAAAGGAUCGCCGGCGAUAACGGGAACGGAGGAAACCGAAUCGCGAUUGAACGCGGUCACGCGCGCCCGCACAAAAUACACGCGAGACCAACCGAACGACACGCGCGCACGCACACACACACACACACUCAUGCGCGCGCGCACCUACACACAUAUACAUGCAUACAGGUAUACACACAGAGAGGCAUACAACAUAUAGGCACGUACGAAACAGGUACACACCGACCCACGCACGCACACGCACACGCACACGCGCGCGACAAAGAAGGCGAGAGAGAAGGAGGCUGUAACGCGGUGUAACGAGGCAGAGAAACGGUAGCGUCGUUGUUUUUCUAUGUUCUUUUUCUUGUCUUUUUACACGGGCGAACGUUGGGGCUCGUCGACCGACUACACGUACGAAACAAAAAAAAAAAUACGCGGAUCACACACGCAAGCAAGCAUGCAUUAAACGUAAGACAUAACAAUAAUAAGUAAUAAACUAUUGCGUUAGGUUUACAGUUUUUCUUUUUUUUUUGUAGCGAACGGAUGGAUGCGACAGAGAGAGAGAGAGAGAGAGAGAGAGAGAUUGAGAAAGAGAGAGAAUGAAUGGGAGCAAGGAAGAGCGAGAGAACAGCCGAUUGAGGGAGGAAGAGAGAGAGUCAGGGUUCGAUAAAGGGCGCAAGUGUAGAGAGAGAGAGAGAGAGAGAGAGAGAGAGAGAGAGAUGCGUAUGUUUGAGAGCGCGAUUGCGGGGGAGGCAGAAGAUCGAGUGAAAAUUGCGGGAAAAUCGCGAGAAGAUUCUACAGAGGCGUUCUAAGAACCGAGAGAGGUACAGGGAGAGGAAAGGGUUGGUGCGAGAGAGAGAGAGAGAGAGAGAGAGAGGGAGAGGAGUCGGUGUUGUUCGGAGAAGUGUGCGAGAGUGCGCGGUAGAGAUACACUAAACGCCGACGACAUAGAGGCACGACGAUUAACGAGGCAGGCGAGCGUGCGGCAGCGGGUGAAACGGCACGGAUUGGCCGCAGUCCUGGCCGCCUCCCCCCGAACCCCCCAACCCCCAAAAUCGAUAUGGUCCUUUUAGCUAUUUACUGUCUUUAUUACUGCUAUAUGUAAGAGGAAUAAAAAAGAACGGCGAAAAAUGUGUCAUAAUGGCUGAGACUUUUAUCGAUAAAAUAGAGAAAGAAAGAAAGAAAGAAGAGACGAUGAAGAAGAAGAAGAAGAAAGCGGGAAGGGCGUGAUAAUAGGAGCGAUGAAAGAGAGAGAGAGAGAGCGAGAGAGAGAGAGAGUCGAGAAUGCUAUGCAUAUACGUAUAUGACGAAUAUACGAUACACAUCCGUGCGUUCGUGUAUACUUGAAUGAUUCGCGUGUGCGUGCGUGUACGUGUGCGUGUGCGGUGCGUGUGCACAGGCCGACAAUAUGUAUGUAACCCGCGUUCGAAAACGAAAGGAGAAAAUAAGAGUGGUCGGAGAAAAUCGCGCGAAGCGUUUUCGCGAACGCUUUCCCACGGUUUUUAUCUUCCCCCGGCGCGAUAACGCGGUGUCGUCGUCGUCGUCCCGAUUGCGCGGCGAUCGAUUCGAAAUUCUACGGGGAGCAAGAAACGGUGUGUGGUGGCGAGUGCAGAUUCGGAGCGGUCUCGUGCAGCUUCGAUCAUCUCUGUACGCAACAACAUCGAGAGAGAGAGAGAGAGGGAGAGAGAGAGAGAGAGAGAGAGAGAGAGAGAGAGACACGUUUCACGGUUGCACGCGCACGAUGCAACACACACGCAGACACGCGGCCAGCGCGUAUACACGUACACACGCUCUGCUACACCGGCAUACCGACACACACACAUUGACAUACGUACAUAGGAAUACAGUGACACGAACAGGAUAUACAGAAGAGGCACGGAUAGGAAUACGGAGGAGGCCACGUGCGUUCGCAUACGUGCCGUGACACGUACAUACACACACAGAGAGACACACAUACACACACAUAGAGAGAGAGAGAGAGACAGGAACAGAUACACGCAGAACACGACACGAUCCCGCUACCACUUAUUAUUACUGUAAUACUACUGCUACUACUAUUACUAUAACUGGUUGGCCGUUGAUUCGUCUGAUGCCGGCCGGCAAACCUAAACUACUAUGUAACGAUUUUUAUGGAUAAAAGAAAGGAAUAAACAUUGACAUAAUAAUUGUAAUCGAAGGUGACUAAUCAUCGCACGCGUCAUCUCAUCCAAGUUACUCCGCAUCAUUCUCGCUUUUUAGGUGUCUACUUACUCCGUUCACGAGCUUCGUAACCGUUGUCUACCGUGCUCGUCGCGUGCUUGCUUCCUUUCUUCGGGAACCAGCGAUCUCCCACGCCGCCGUUCCCCCGUCGUUUAGGUGUGCGAAAACAAAAUUUAUCGCGCGCGCGAUUCUGCGUCGCCGUCGCCGCAGACUCGGGACGCGUCUAAUCUGAACGGGAGAGCCAGCUCCCUCGGGAAAAACAAGCACCGACCGUGUAUUUUCGCACGCCUAACCGUGUCCGGCCGACCCUGAAAAACAAGGACAAAAAGGAGAACCUGCGGAUAAUUUGGGAAACCGUCGAAUUUUCAGGCUCAGCUUCUCGGCCCUCGGUCGAAGAACCCUCUCUCGAGCGCGCGAGAAAGAGACGACAGCGGACGUCUCCCACGCCGAGAACAACCGCGGCGGAGGAACUUGCUUGCCCUCUGAUCGUCGAACGAUCGUUAAAGAUGCACGGGUACGCUUAAGGGUUGUGUAGUAAUCGAUGGACGAGGUUGCGAGAGGUUGCGGCGAGGAAACUCUGUCCGGGGGUCGACAGGGGAAAAGCGAGAGCUGCGCCGGCAAAUCAAAAGGAAAACGAGUGAAUGCGCGACCGAGUGAGAAAGAAAGAAAGAAAGAAAGAGAGUGAGACGGAACAGAUGCGGCCGGGGUUAGGGGGGAUGGGCAGCAUAUUUGCGUCGGUUGAAAUAAUUCGAUGUAACAUUGUAAGUGAUCGUGAAUAGAAGAAUUUCAUUUCGAAGCUACUCUUUUGCAUAACGUCGACGGAAUAAAGGCUCGCGAGACCGUACGAGCGGUAAUGUUUAAGAGAACAAUAAAUUUGUAUAAAGCGGUGGAAA